UAGCAGUGUGAACGGGACCGUAAAUGAACUCAUUAUGAAGCUGUCUGACCCGGGGUGUUCGCUGAGAUUAGCCAAUCAGAGUCUGGGUUGGAGAGCUUCAACAGCAGAGCCCUGUGAGAACAUUUGUCAGUUGCAGGUGAAGACGUAUUAGCACAGGACAGGACAGGACAGGAGUAGAGGGAGGAGACACUGGAAACAACGCCGGAGAAAUUAGGCUAAAACAAAGAAGGAUAUUGUCAAGAUAGCGUAACGUUUUAUUAUAAUUUAUUGAGAAAAAACUGAAACAUUCUGUGUAACAGCAGUUUUAAAACUCUGGACAAGAUGUUCUUUCAUUUUGUCUAGAUCAACUAAUCCGACAAAAACAUAACCCAGAACAAUUAUUCAACUUGCACAAUUUGAGUUGGAGAAAAGUUUCAGGAAAGGUCUACAAUGGCGAAAUCUAAAAACUUUGGAAUCGACGCGCUGUUGGCGCACCGGGACAACUCCCCGGGACUGUGUUUUGAGGACAGCCGUGUCUCUUACCACCCGUCGGAAAUACCGUCCCCGCAGAGGACCCACAACGGUAUCCACAUUCAGACCGGAAUGAUCCACAAACCGGGUCUAUUGAACUUCUCCCAGCCGGGACUCACCCAGCUGUCUCAGGGGGCCAUCCAUGGAAUGUAUCCCACCCACAUGUACCGCAUCGCGGCCCUGGGGGGGCAGCACCCUGCCUUUACCUACCCCGAUUUGGUGCAGCAUGCCCAGCAGUACCCAGAGCACCUACAGGCGGCAGCUAUGGCUGGGUUCCCUCUAGAACACUGGAUUAGAGCCGGAAUGAUGCUUCCAAAACUAGGGGACUAUGGUACCUCUUCUCAGGCUAAUCUGAUGGGGAAAUGUCGUAGGCCCAGAACAGCCUUCACCAGCCAACAACUACUACACCUGGAGAACCAGUUCAAACUCAAUAAAUACCUGUCCAGACCUAAACGCUUUGAGGUGGCCACCUCUCUCAUGCUCACAGAGACACAGGUGAAGAUCUGGUUCCAGAACCGACGUAUGAAGUGGAAGCGGAGCCGCAAGGUCAAGGAGCAGGCAGCCCAUGUCCAGGGGGAAUACGACUGCCCAAACAGGGGGAAGAACAGCACCAAGACUGGGUCUGGAGAUACCCGGAACUCUGGUACCCUAGAGGAUGAGGAGGAUCUGGAAGCAGAAGAGGAAGAUGAGAAGGAUCUGGAAGCAGAAGAGGAAGAUGAGGAGAAUGUGUUAAGUGCUAGUACACUAGCAGCUGGAGUGGGUUUAGUGUCUCGCCCCACACAUUUCCUGAGGCACACCGCUACGGAUCUCCGCUAUAGUUCUCAUGGUUCUUACUCAGAAGAUGAACUAGAGGACCGUGGACCUGGGCUGGAGAGGAGGGUUGGGGUGGGGUUAUGAGGAGAG